GAGAGUGUGUCAGAUGAGAUAGCCCUCCCCUCGCCAGUGAUAAGAAGAGGGAGCCAGAGGGGACACAACUCAAAGACCGAGCGCUCAAAACAUCCGUCCCCUGCAGGAGUACGUUCACCAUCAUCACUGUCGCUCAUUGGUUUUCCUCCAGCGUUAGGAGCUACUCCCGCUACGACAUGGAGCCCACCCCAGGCCCGGCGGCCCCCGAGGGGAUCUUGGUGGGCCCGGGGCCCGAGGCGGCACCGCCUACUCCUCGCGGGGACACAGGGGGGGUCCGGGAGACGGUGGGGCGGUUCAAGGCCUCCGUGCAGGCGGCGGUGGAGGAGGUGCGAGGAGAGGUGCGGAUCCUGGAGGCCCGUCUGGACCACCGGCUGGAGGAGGUGUGCAGGGGCUGCGGCGGCCUGGCCGAGGCGGUGUCCAGUCUCACGGAGGACAACUGCAGGCUCCGGGCCCAGUUGGACUCCCUGGCCGCCCUGGUUCAGGGGCUGACCGGGGCCGGGGUGAAGGGCCUGACCGGGGAUCAGGGGCCGACCAGGGCCGGGCUUCAAGGGCUGACCGGGGCCGGGGUUCAGGGGCCGCCCGCGGCCGAGGUCCCGGCACUGGUCCAGAACGGUCCCCUGGAAGUGGCGGUGGGGGUGGCGGUGGCUGAGGCGUGUGUGGCCGAGGAGUACGGACAUGAACCUUGCCAGCCGCAGGUACAGCGGGAGGGUUUGAACGGGUCGGAGGCGAUUGGCUGGAGCCCUGCGGCUCCGGCCGAGACCACCGCACCGGCUCCCUGGAGGUCUAGAAGACAGGCUCACGUCAACGAUUCUCAUGCAAACUUGGAAAGAGAUGGAGCUCAGAUAAGUUAUGCUGUCUCAUCUGUCAACGGCCAGCGCAGAGAACAAGAGAUGGCCUGGAAGUCGACUGAGGACUGCUCCUCAAGGGACUCUCUCCAGUCGAGCAGCGAGUCAUCCACACCAUAUUCUGUUCAGUGUCCCCAAGGUCAGUCAGGAAGCGAAGGUGUUCCACUCAGGGAAGCCAAUACUGUCAACACGGAUCAGGGGAAUUGGAUGCCUCUUUCCCAAACUUCAACUUGUCCUCCUCUGAAUAGUUGUUUGACUCCAACUGUAACUGCCCACAGUCCAGCCUCAGAGGAAACUGCUCUCCAAAGCUCACCAACCCUACCUGCAGUAGGCCUACAUGUGUCUUCUGAGCUCCCGACUCAAGCAUAUCUCCCCCUUAGUGCGUCAACCAAACCCAGCUCAGAGUUCACAUCACCAGGCUCAAUCGACGACACUGAACCAAAGCCCCAUCUACCUGUCUCAGCCAUGCUAUCCAGGCCUAAUCCCGAGCCUCAGAUAGCCGCCAGCCCGCUUCAGUCCCCGGCGCCGCAACCUAAAACCACAGGGCUUUUGGUCACUGAGGGAACUGCAGAGAGGCCAGCGGAGUAUGCUUUUAGACGAGGCAUAGCUGAAAUUAAGAUGCCAAGUCCCCCGGUUGGCCAGGAGAGGGCAGCACAUCUCCCUGUCACAGCAGCCUCCAAACCCAGUCCUGAUGCUCCCUCCUCAGCACCCACGACCAACCAUUCGCUUCCAGAACCUCUUGCAGCCAAGCUGAGCGAUUAUCAUUUCAAGCGUGAUGUCACUGAAUCUAAGUCCACCACUGCCAUUGCUACUACUGUGACCAAAGCCAACACAGAGUCUUCUCAUGCUGUUCAAAGGCCUCCACCUGUUAUAUUGGAGCCCAAGUUGCCCAGUCAGUUUCCUUUGCCUGACCCCAAUGCAAAACCAGGCGAAUAUCCCUUUAAGAGACUACCGGUUCUAAAGUCUCCCAGUCCCAGCUUAAAGAGAAGUGUAAGCUUCCCUCAGUCCGCAGAAAAAUUACUUCCCUCCAAAACCCUGGUGAAAAACACAGGUUUCUCUCCUAUCUUAGACAAGAAGGCAAGCCGCAAGGAGGGCCCCGGGGCCGGGCUGGGCGGCCUCACAGAGGCACGGCGGGAACCCGGGAAGACGCAGACACUCCCGCAGAACGCCGGGACGCAGGCCAGGCGCGCCAUGUUCGAGAGGAUGAACUCAGACCCGGUCAAGCCCAAGUCUGCAGACAGCAAACCCAAGCUAAAGCGUUCUCAGAGCUUCGGCGUGUCCAGCGCCAGCGGCAUCAAACAGAUGCUCCUGGAGUGGUGUCGCUCCAAAACCAUUGGUUACAAGAACAUAGACAUCCAGAACUUCUCUACCAGCUGGGUCGACGGCAUGGCGUUCUGUGCUCUGGUCCACUCCUUCUUCCCUCUGGACUUUGACUACAACACGCUGGACCCUGGCAAGCACAAGCAAAACCUGCAGCAGGCCUUCACCACGGCAGAAUCUCAGGCUGACUGCAUGCGUCUCAUUGAGGUGGAGGACAUGUUGGAGAUGGGAGACAGACCGGACCCAAUGUGCGUGUUUACAUAUGUCCAGUCUCUCUACAACCACCUCAAGACCUUUGAAUGAUGCUUCACUCCAAUCAUCAACCACCCUCUCACUUGGCUGUGUGGAUUGAGCCCCAUGUCAAUCUUAGAUCUUGAGAAAUAAUGAUAUUAUAGCCAUUGUUUGUGUGUGUUGCAUACAUGAAUUGAUAUUCGUACUUUGUUGUUGUUUUUUUUAUGCGAAACGUCUACUGAGCUGUAUUCGUGUAUUCGAUGUGCUUUGCUCUGUUUACUGUUUGCUUCAAUCUUUUUCGAUUUGAUACAUUUUAGAAAGGGCCGUCGUGUCUAUAAGCCAAGGAAAACAAUGCCUAAAGCUGAGGUGAAUGAAAAUACAGCUGAAACUUCUCACUGAAUUCCCCACAUUAGUCAAAUACAAUUGUAUUACGAUAAAACAUGUAAUCUGUUAUGUCUUAAGUUGCUAUAAUUCAUGGUUAAAAGAAAAGUGAAACACAAAUGCUUUGUGUUCCUCUCCGCACAUUCAUAUACAAUGGUACCAGAGAGAGAGAGAGAGAGAGAGAGAGAGAGAGAGAGAGAGAGAGAGAGAGAGAGAGAGAGAGAGAGAGGAGAGAGAGGAGAGAGAGAG